GUUGUGGCUCUCAUUGGGUGAAGGAGGAACCCACCCCUCCCGCUCUGAAGCCUGCCAUGGGGGGAGUCUCCACAAGUUUCCUGGAGGUGAAGGCAGAGAGCGCCCGGGGAGGAACGGUGCCGAGACGCUCCCAGAAACGGGUUCGGCUGGAGCGGCUCUGAUGAACGGCCGCUUCUCGGGGUUCGUCUUUGGUUUGCGGGCCGACUUCAACGCAACUGUUUUCCGGGGAACCGCCAAAAGCUGUUCGCGCGGCUGGCAGCCGUUUCUGCUAACGAGCUAACUAGCUAAGUAGCCGCGGCGCGAGGUUCGGGGCGGGGAGAGUCAGCGACCCUUCUGGGACAUCCAGGCCUGCUGGAUCGAAUAAAAUCCGGAGAGGGUGCCAUUCCGCCCUCGGGGAGGUGUUUGGCGCUCAGGGGAUGCUACUCAGAAGUCUGGGACCAAGUUUCAUCCCCGCACGUCACCGCAACACAUCUGCACUGUAAUGCGGUGGUACCCGACACAACGCGGCCUCUGAAGGAGAACCGGAGCAUGCAGGAGUCGAGGAGCAGAGCCCGGAUAACCAGAUAGGGACGCAGCAGACUACCGGGAACGGGGUGCUCCGUCUGCCUCCGAGACCAGGUUCCGCUGGUGGACGGACAGGAUCAUGAAGAAGUUUUCCAGGAUGCCAAAGUCCGAGAGCGGCGGGCUCGGUGGGGUGUCCGGCUCCGGGGCGAGCAGCUUCUUCGGGAAGGUGUUCGCGGUGGGCCGGUAUCAGGUCACCGUGGAGGAGCUGGUCGCGGAGGGAGGAUUUUCUGUGGUGUUCAUGGCCCGAACGCACAGCGGCGUCCGCUGCGCUCUCAAAAGGAUGUAUGUGAACAACGUGCAGGACCUGAACGUCUGCAAGAGAGAGAUCACUAUCAUGAAGGAGCUGUCAGGCCACAAGAACAUCGUCACCUACCUGGACUCCACCAUCAGUUCUUUUUCAGACAACGUUUGGGAGGUCCUGAUCCUCAUGGAGUUCUGCAAAGCGGGUCAGGUGGUGAAGCAGAUGAACCAGAGGUUAAACGUGGGCUUCAGUGAAGCUGAGGUCCUCCACAUCUUCUGUGACACCUGCGAGGCCGUGGCUCGCCUGCACCAAUGCAAGACGCCCAUUAUCCACAGAGACCUGAAGGUGGAGAACAUUCUGCUGAACGACCAGGGGAACUAUGUGCUGUGUGACUUUGGCAGCGCCACUCACAAAGUCUUACUGCCUCACAAGGAUGGAGUGACAGCUGUGGAGGAUGAAAUCAAAAAGUACACCACAUUGUCCUAUCGGGCUCCAGAGAUGAUUAACCUGUAUGCAGGAACCGGCAUCACCACCAAGGCUGAUAUUUGGGCCCUGGGAUGCUUGCUGUACAAGCUGUGUUUCUUCACUCUUCCUUUUGGGGAGAGCCAAGUUGCCAUUUGUGACGGGAGCUUCAUCGUUCCGGAUAACUCCAAGUUCUCCUGCAGGCUGCACUGCUUGAUCAGAUACAUGCUGGAGCCGGACCUGGAGAAGAGACCAGACAUUUACCAAGUGUCCCACUUUGCCUUUAAGUUAGCGGGAAGAGAGAAUCCGGUACCAAACCUGUGUAGCUCAGCCAUCCCCACAUCGCUCCCGGAGCCGCUCACAGCCAGCGAGGUUGCUGCCAAAAAGAAUCUGACAAAAGCCAGGAUAACCGACUCAGUGGUUCCAACUGAGACCUCCAUAGCUCCUAGACAGAGACCAAAGGCUGCAAACUCCAACGUUCUCCCCCUCGCCAACACCGUCACCCCGGCCAAGAUGACCGUGCCUUCCACAGCCGUCAGCAACGGCCAGAAAGCCCCCACUACCAGCUCUGGACAGCCUUCCAUGCAGGCCCAGCCGAGCUGUCUGCAGAACCGAAUCCUGCAGCAGCUGCAGCCAGGUGAUCUGCGUCUGCAGCAGCUGCAGCAGCAGCCUGCAAAUGUGCAGCAACUCCAGUACCUGCAGUACCAACAGGCAGUGCAGCAGUCCCUCCAGCUGCAGCAGCAGCAGCAACAGCAGCAGCAGGUCUUGCUCCAGCAGCAGCAGCAGAUGAUGAUGAUGCAUCCCAUGUACCAGCAGCAGGUCGCUCAGGCCCAGUAUGCGGCUAUGCUGCACCAGUACCAACAGUCGUUUGUGCAGCAGCAGCAGCAGCAGCAGCAGCAGCAGCAGCAGCAGCAGCCUCUUCCCUACACAUCUUCCCCUUUGGAGUUCCUGGGACCCUUUAAUGCCUCCACUCCCACUGCUGGGGCCGCUCAGAUGGGAGGACCGUCGGCUCUGGAUCCUUCAUACGCCACCCCCAGCAGUAGAACCCCCCUGCUGGUCUCCGAUGGAAUGGCCCCUCCCUCUCAGAGCGGCGGCACCAUCAGCCACCCCCCCGACAUGUCGAGCUGGAACCCUUUUGGGGAGGAUAACUUCUCCAAGCUGACGGAGGAGGAGCUGAUCGACCGGGAGUUUGACCUGCUCAGAGCAGAAAAGCCAGCGGAGAGGACGGCCAGCGCCGAGGCCGACCGGCCGCCGCCGUCCGCCAAGCCCCUCCCAUCAGAGGACCUGUUUGGUUCCAGCCCAUUUGUGGCCAACGCAGGUGGAGCUGCCACCAGAAGGGGGGAGGAGGCCUUCCCCCCCGCCGGAGCCAAGGGGCCCAAAGCGGGUAAAAGGAGCUGCUGCAGACCCGGAGACGAGUCCGACAGCGACUUUGAGUCAGACCCUCCUUCUCCAAAGAGCAGUGAGGAUGAGGAGCAGGAGGAAGAGGUCCUAAACAGCGAGCAGAGCGAAGACACCGAGCCAGAGAACCUGGGACAGAGACCUUUGCUGAUGGACUCUGAGGAGGAGGACAAACGCAGCUCUGAUUCAGAGUCUGAGCCCCCCAGGCCUAAGAGCCAAUCCAAGAAGCCUGCAGGCAGCGAAGGAGGAGCCUCUGCUCCCAGCACCUCCCACCCACCAGAGGCUGUAGACGUGUUUGGGGCCGUGCCCUUUGUGGGGGCCUCACAGAGUCCUGGUGUUUUUGCCUCAGCCCCUUUUAGGCAGGAGGAGGAGGAGGAGGAGCCGGCUGCAGAGGAGCUGGACGUCUUCAUCAAAGCUCCUUUCAGCAGGAACCCCUCCAAAACAGGAAGGAGCAGCAAUGAGGGCCAAACGCCCCCCCUGUCCCCCGAUUCCUUUGACGUCUUUGGAUUGUCGCCCUUCCAGCCGGGCCCUGCAGGACCCCCUCCAAGCACCUCCAGGAGCGCAGAGAACGUCUGCCCCCCCCAGCAGCGGCUGAAGCCGCACGGCCUGCAGAAGCUGUCCUCCCGCCACAGGAAGACCAAGCAGGAGGCGGCCGGGGGGGGCGGCAAGCGUCACCACGGCACCCCGACCGGGGGCCGCAAGAACAGCAAGCCCCUCUACCGCACCCCCGAGAAAGUCCGCAGACACAAGAAGGGGGGCCGCAGGGACUCUCAGAGCAGCAACGAGUUCCUGAGCGCCUCCGACUCCAAGGAGAACAUCAGCGUGGACGUCCCCAUGCCCGACGGGAGGGACAGGGACGACAUGCCUCUGGACCCGUUCGGGGCCCGGCCCUUCCACCCUCAGGACGGGGGGCGCCAUGGCCAGUACCCGUGCCUCAGUGAGGGUCAGAGCGACGUGGGCGGAGCCAACGGGAAGGCCUGGGACGGCGGCCGAAGCAUGGACGACUUCGGGGCGGUGCCCUUCACAGACAUGGUUAUCGGGGGACCCCAGCAGGGCCCCCCCCAGGACCUGGACCCCUUUGGAGCCGCUCCCUUCCCUUCCAAACACUGACCCCCCCCUUGAUGCAGCCUGGGCAUUCUGCUGCCUUAAGUUGAAGCACCACGAAGCCUUACCUCAGCUGGCGAUGCCUUGCUGCACGGUACCUCGGCAGCCAAACGCGUCACGGCGCCGCCUUAAUCCCGCCUCCUCCGGACGCUUGUUCGGGUUCUUGUAGCCUCUAACAUGUUUUAUGUCGACUUUCAGAAAAAAUGAAUAAAAAUAAAUGUAA